CAUGUCAAUCUGUGUGUAGUACAUAGACUGAAUCCUCCCAGGCCAUCCCUUCUUUGCCAACAAUAACACUCCACCAACGACGUACAACAGAACAUGUCAAACGACCCUUUCGAAAGUGUAGUCAUCACGGUAACUCUCUCCGAUCGGAAGCUCGCGGAGGUGAGACGCGUGUUCAAGAAUGUAUUCUACCAUCCAGAUGGGAAAGUACCAGAGGAACACCUUGCCUUGGUGGAUAUAUGGUACACGAGCUGGUUGGGUCUGCCCAAGGAUAUCAAGACAAUUAGCCAAAUCCCUCGCACUAGAAUAGUGCAACUAUCAUCAGCUGGAGCCAAUAUCUUCCUCGGGACGGAAUUGAUGAAGUCAGACCAGGCCAAGAAGAAGAUUGCUGUGUGCUCGUCCUCAGGCAUCCACACUCUGUCUAUCCCGCAAUACAUUAUCUGUAAUGUGAUAAACUUGUACAUGAAACUUCAAAUACAAUUCCAUCUCGCCCGAACCAAUGCAGAAUGGCCUUCAAGAGACCAGGUUUUGCAACAUGCUGGUGCUGCAGGUCAGACACAUCCCGGAAACCGUUGUUUGUAUGGCAAGACUAUUGGAAUGUUGGGAUAUGGGCACAUUGCUCGUGAAACGGCACGACUAUUCAAAGCCUUCAACUGCAAUGUGAUUGCUGCAAACUCCAAUGGGGAUAAACGACCGGAAGAGGGGUUUCGACUGCCCGGCACUGGAGAUGAAGAUGGCUCGAUACCCGGCCAAUACUACUCUACAACCGAUCCCGAGUCUUUCAAGGAAUUUCUGUCCCACUGUGACGUUCUCGUAGCCAGUCUGCCCUCCACACCGCAAACGACCUAUAUGUUGACUGAAUCGCAUCUACGUUCAUUGCCCGAGGGCGCUGUGUUUGUUAAUAUCGGUCGUGGGGAUUUGAUACGUUCGGAGGAUAUCCUCGCUGCAUUGGACGCAGAAGGAGGCCUUUUCGGCGCUGUACUCGAUGUGACCGAUCCGGAGCCUCUUCCCUCUGGGCACCCGCUCUUCACACACCCUAGUGUUAUCGUGACUCCACAUACAAGUGGGAGCUUUGAGGGGUAUUUUGAUAGUGGUGCUGACGUGCUGCUUGCGCAAGGCGAUCGAUUGAAGCAGGAUUUACCUCCUAUCAAUGUCGUUGAUCCUACCAAAGGUUAUUAAGCUGUUGUUAUGUAAAUAUGUAGUCUUACGCCUAUUGCUCUUCAGCCGCUUUCAAAUUCCCACUCGCAUAUACUGUGUCCUAUGGGCGACGAAAUGGAUCGUGAAUGGUCAUCCACAUUGUAAUGUCCAUUAGAUGAUAGGGCAGUCCAAUAUUACCACCUGCCGGGCCUCCAAAAUAGAAUUGCAAGUUGCUUGUCAAGUAGCUACGUAUAAUUACACGGAUAGAAUGACCGGAUAAAUGCUCCGUGGCGACAGAAUAACUUGCUCCAGACCCCACUCCCUCGCCAAAGCCCUUCCCAUCCUUUUCGCACCUUCCUCCAUCUCAUCCUGCGGAGGCAAGGAAAAGCUAAUCCUGACAAAGAUCCUCUUUGCCUCUUGCUCCGGCGUCCAAACCGACGUCGAGGGCGCUUUAAAGAACUCGGAGGGAGCCAUCAAGACUUUCUCAUCGAUCAUCGCUUGGAAAACUUGUUUGGAGAUCGUUUCGGGGUCUUCAGAAGGAAAAGAUGGGUGGGACUCGAUCCUGAGACGGACCCAGAGGAACAUGCCUCCGGCGGGCUUGGGGAUUUCGAUGGUAUUGGAGGGAACGUGCUUUUUGAGGAGGUCAAUAAUGGACAGGCACCUUUUGGAGUAAAUGUCUGUUCAUUUUGUUGGGUGUCAGUAGCCACUCGUGAAGUUUAGAUGUGUAAGGUAAUCACCUGAGAUGUGAGGAAUGUAUUUUCGCUCG